AUGGUGGGUGAUCUCGGCUACUCGGCGCCGUACCCGCUUGUGUGCGACAGUGCGUGGGACCGGUGUGUUGCGACAGUGGCAAACACGGCGGUGCCCGGGUGCAGCUCGUCGAUUCGCGAAGGCGCGGCUGUGCUCGCACCAAGCUCGACUGGGCUCGCCAUGUGCUCACAAACCGGUUCAGUGAGCAUGCUGCUCGCAAGCGUGCUCCCGUGCCACAUAUCGCACGACCUUCCGUUCUCGCUCGCUUGGAUCGCACCUUCGUAUGACGUGGAUUCACUCGCUUGGCGCGCCUCGGCGAUCAGUUGUGCGCCGGGAUACACCAAGCCGCCGUCAUCGAUGACAUGCAACGCAAGCAGCCAGGCAUGGGAGGCGGGACAUCUCUGCACUUUUGACGCGGCACUACUGCAGAUCAGAUCACUCACGCACGAGGUGGCGGCCGGCGAGGUUGGGCGCUUUGCCGUGGCCGACAGCUCUAAGUUCGGGUUUCACGGGCCUGGGUCGACCACGCCGAUGGCUUGGCAGGCAGAUGGGUCGCGCGUAGCAAGCAGCUUCAACUAUUCGAGUGUGGAUGGGACUGGGGUCUUUGAGGCAAGCUUUGAUGUGGGGCAAAAGGCCGGCGUGGACAUCGGGUUUGAGCUCGGCGUCGACGGCCACAAGCUGGUGGCGGUGAACAUGACGGUGGUGGCCAACCUGGACACGUUUGGCGGCGCAGUGAGCCACGACGGCAAGCUACUGGCACCAGCCGGGUCGCCGCCGACUGUGAUCUUUGGCACAACGCUCAACAUCAACAUUACGCUCAAGGAUGCCUACGGCAACCCACUGUGUCCUCAUCCAGCGCCGUCGAGGUGCUCGGCAGUGUUGAACAGGAUGGAGAUUUCGAUGAAUGAUGUGGUCUUUACGCCACAGCCGGUGCCAGACGGGCCAGAUGGGCCUAUGCACGGAUGGGCGCAAGUGGCGCUUCCACAGGCAGACACCGAGUAUCAGCUUGUGGUGCAGUUCAACGGGGUGCUCGUUCAAGGUGCACCGUUUCCGGUCCAGGCCAGCAGUCAAGCAAUUUGCAAGCCUGGGCAACGUGUGAGUGGGACGAAUUGUAUCGAGUGCCGCGCGUCGACGUACUCGGAGAGCGAUACCGCUGCUGUUUGCACCGAUUGUGCUCCCGGAAGCGCCGGGCCUGCAGGAUCGCCGAGCUGGCGCGAGUGUCUAUGCAAGCCGGAUUUCUAUGUGCUCGGCGAGCGGGAGCGUGGCGAGCGGUGUGAAGAGUGUCCCGAGGGCGGUGUUUGCCUCGGCAACAGCUCUUGGCCGUAUGCAGCGCAUGGCUUCUACUCGUCAAGCUCGCCGCGGUAUUUUAUCGAGUGCGGCGAAGACGAGGAAGAGGCCGAGGCGAGGUGUCUUGGGCACGAUCUGUGUGGCCAAGAGUACGCUGACCGGCUUUGCAGCGCGUGCCGAGACGGUUUCUACCGGGCAGGCGAGGAUUGCCAUGGGUGCGGACGAGUGUCGGGGCCCGGGGCACUUGCUGGUGGUGGCUUUGUCAUUGCCACGUUCCUCUGUGUCUUGUUCUGGGUCCUGCUCUCGGAGCAGAGCAUCGGCCAGGGCGAAGGGCGUGUCCAUGGCCAGCUAGCGCGAGCACCGGGGCUGCGUGGACUGAUCCGCUGGGCCGCGCAGUGGGCGAUGCUGCUCUGGCGCGAAGCGUUGCUGAUGGUGGCAGAGACGGCGGCUGUACUUGCGCUGGUCCUUAUAGGGCUAGGCGAGGCAUACGAGCUUGCUGUGCUCUUUGUGGGCCUCAGCGUUGUGGUGGUCUUUCUCGGAGUCCGGCGCGCGGCAGCACACAACGCAGCGGCAGCGGACGGGCGGCAGGUGUACUCAUCCGUGCAGUCGGGUGGGAGUGCCGAGUCGAGCUCGAGCGCCGAGUCCGAGGUCUCGCUCGAGGUUGAGCAUGUGGAGGCGGCGAUGAAGACGAGCGUCAUCUUUCUGCAGACGCUGGCGACGAUUAACGAGGCUUUUGACGAGGUCAAGUGGACGUCGUGGGGGCAGCGGCUGCUGCGGGGCGCGCAGCGAAUCAACGUGCAGAUCUCCGGGCUCGAAUGCUAUGGUAUUUCGUACGCCGGACAGUUCUACAUUCUCCUUGCGCUCGUGCCGUGCAUCUGGGCGGUGGUGUGCGUGGCUGGGCUUGUGACGCGGGUGAGCUCGGCACCGCGACGACUCGGCGAGGGCAUGUGGCGGCUGUGCGCAGCAACGGUGUACUUUUUUGCGUAUCCGGUGGCGGAAGCGUGCUUUGCGGUCUUUGCGUGCAUACCAGAGCCAAUUCCCAACCCUGAAGCCUCUUAUCUAGCGGGCGCGCCGUGGAUCAAAUGCGGUGGGCAUGUGCAGGUGCAACUCGCCGGCGUUGCAGCUGUGGCCCUGGUGGUGCUUAUGGCCAUCAUGGGCGUGAUGGGCUGGAGUGUGUGGCAGCGCGGCGGUGUUGUGCCGUACGGUGCGGUGCGGUUCCUGACUGAUGGGCUGGAGCCGGAGCGGUGGUGGUACGAAGGAGCGGUGAUGGUGCGGCGGCUUGCGUUUGCGCUUGUGGCGGCGGUUCUCCCGCGCGGCUCGGUGUUUGUGGCACCAAUGCUCCUUGUGCUGCUCCUGGGUGGGAUAGUAUCGUGUAUGGCGUGGCGGCCGUACGAGAACCGGGCGGCGCUCACGAUGGACGUGGCACAGCUUGUGGUCAGUGCGUUUGUGGUGGUGAGCGUGCAGAAUUUGCAGGAGACCCGCGAUACGGGUUCGAUUGUGGGUAUGACGGUAUUGCUCACGGCUGCCAUUGGUGCCGUGCUCGGAUACAUGUGUGUCUACGUGGCCCAUCCGAUUGUGACGCUGGUCAAGGGCUCGCGGGGCAAGGCUGGUCACAACGCCGGGUACGAUUCGCUGUGA